UCCCCUCUAAUUCUCCCCCUACUGCCCACGAGUAAUCAUGAAAAUCAGCCACAAAAUAGAGCAGGCCGCGAAGGAAGACCGCGUCUGGUGGUCCUUCGAAUACUUCCCACCCCGGACAGCACAGGGUCUGCAAAACCUUCUGGACCGUAUAGAGCGCAUGCGUGCCCUGGGCCCCGAGUUUAUCGACAUCACAUGGAACGCCGGUGGAAGGACGUCAGAGCUCACCUCCGAGCUUGUCAAGACUUGCCAGAAGCUCAUUGGUAUGGAGACUUGCAUGCACUUGACGUGUACUGGCAUGCCCAAGGAGAAGGUUGAUGUCGCAUUGCGGGAAGCAAAGCAGCACGGCUGCCGUAACGUUCUUGCACUUCGCGGGGACCCGCCCGUGGGCAAAGAGUGGGAGGCCGUGGAAGGCGGCUUCCGCUACGGAGUUGACCUUGUGCACCACAUCCGCAAGGAAUACGGCGAUUACUUCGACAUUGCCGUCGCCGGAUACCCUCAGACACAGCGCCUACCGCCUGACGAGCGGGAGCGGGAGAUGGGAUACCUCAAGGCGAAGAUCGACGCCGGCGCGAACUUCAUCUUCACGCAGAUGUUCUACGACGUGGAUAUGUUCAUCGAGUGGGUGCAGGCCGCACGCGCUGCCGGCAUUACCGUCCCUAUCGUCCCCGGCAUCAUGCCCGUGCAGACGUGGAACGGCUUCCAGAAAGCGACGUUCCUUGCGAAGAUCACGGUGCCGCAGGCGUUCCUGGACGAGCUGGAGCCACACAAAAACAACGACGAGAAAGUGCGAGAGAUUGGCACACGACUUGUCGCGGACCUCUGCAGACGCAUCCUCGCCGCGGACAUCGGUAUCAAGGGCCUGCAUUUCUACACCAUGAAUCUGGAGAAGGGUUGCCGACUACUCCUGGAGGAGCUCAACCUCGUUCCGCGUGUUGAAGUCAUCAAGCCGCUCCCGUGGAGACAGUCGCUCACGCCCAACCGCCGCACUGAGAACAUCCGCCCGAUCUUCUGGGCAAAUCGCACGCGCUCGUACCUGUCGCGUACCGAGAACUGGGACGAGUACCCGAACGGUCGGUUCGGCGACUCACGUUCGCCGGCGUACGGCGAGCUCGACGGCUAUGGUAUUUGGAUCAAGCAGACGACUGAGGAUGCGCUGCGGUUGUGGGACACCCCGACGUCCGUCGAAGAGAUCCGGAAACUAUUCUCGCGCUUCUGUGUGGGCGACCUCGCGGCGCUUCCGUGGUCGGACAGCACACCGUCGAGCGAGACGUCGGUCAUCGCACAGCAGCUGGCGAAGCUCAACGAGCUAGGCUUCCUUACGAUCAACUCGCAGCCCGCGGUCGAUGGCGCUAAGAGCAACGACAGAAUACAUGGCUGGGGUCCGGCGAAUGGCUACGUCUACCAGAAGGCCUACCUGGAGUUCUUCGUGUCGCCAGAGUUGCUUGAUAUGCUCAUUCCCCACAUCGAGCGCGAUAUCAACAUCACUUACUAUGUGAUCAACAACCGCGGCGAUCUACGCACGAACACACACUCUGACGGCCCCAAUGCCGUGACAUGGGGUGUCUUCCCAGGCAAGGAGAUCGUCCAGCCCACGAUCGUUGAGGCUAUUAGCUUCAUGGCGUGGAAGGAUGAAGCCUACGAGCUCGGACGCCAAUGGGCCAAGCUGUACGAACCCGAGUCCCCUACGAGCAAGCUCAUCGACAACAUCAUGGACACCUACUGUCUCGUGAAUGUCGUACACAACGACUACAAGAAGCCCGAGGCCAUCUUCGAACCCUUCUUCAAGGCCGGCGCCGAAUACGCCGCCAAAUACGGCUCUACGUCUCCACCGACGACCAACGGCGCGAACGGCCACGCGAACUAAGCGUCAUCUCAUCCUAUACCGCCUACGACGACCAUUUUCAAGGACAUUCAACAUCUGCCCCCUGCAUCCGUGUACAUCUUGCUUUACGACCGCGUCCCCGACGCAGAAAUGACGGUUCAACACACCGUCAGCCACGGUUGGCUUGCUCUAUGUUUUUCCCAGCAUUGUCACCGGGUUCAACCCCCGCCGCUCCUUUCGUCUGCCUCCCUGCAUACCUCCCCCACGCCCGAUCUGUUUCCAUAUAGCUCUUCCACACGCCCUUGCCGCUUUUCACACCAGCGCACCUGCACUCUCACGAACUCUCUCGCACUUCGCACUAUGUAUCUUCCCAUCUCAUCGCCCUUGCAUCAACUGCAUCGUCCCCCGGACCACUGCGCCCGUCCUCCUGCAGCGGGACCGCCAUCUAGCUCACUGUAGGACUCUGCAUCCAACUGCAUGUAUCU